AUGAACUACUCAACAAAGCCAAAGAUGAAAGUUAUCGAGACUGUAAAUGAAUUAAUUUUAAACAAAGAACUUAAACCUAAAAAUUAUCCAGGUGCAAUACAUCCCAAAAAAAUAGAACAACCCACUUGGCUAACAGGAACAAUUCUGACAAUUUUAAAAGAUGAAACUAUUUCACCAAAAGUGAUUUAUGCAAGUAGUAAAAAAUUAGCAUUACACCUGCAUAACCGACAUGUUCCACUUGAAGCAGAAGAUAUUAAAUUAAAAUUACAAGAAGUUCGGUCAAGAUUACAAAUAGAUGACACAAAACAUUUAAGUAAUGAAGAACUACUUCAAGAUCCAAAGGCUAAAGCACUUUUUAGGAGCCUCUGCUAUAAUUGGGCACCUAUUUCAUAUGAUAAAUACACAUGCUUGACAUAUUUAGUUGGUAGAAGUGUACCUGAAUAUACUGUUUUAUAUAGAAUUUUUAAGGAAAUUGUUGAUAAUGAUAAAAGUUUCAUACCAAAGACUUUAUUUGAUUUUGGUUCUGGUAUUGGUACAGUUAUGUGGUCAGCAUCUCAAUUCUGGGCUAACUCUAUCAAGGAAUAUUACUGUGUUGAUAUUUCUUCAGACAUUCAGAAAUUGUCUGAAUACCUGAUAACAAAAGCUACACCAGCAAUUAAUCCAAAUUACAUCUUUUAUCGGCAAUUUUUGCCCUCGACCUCAAUCCGAACCUAUGAUAUUGUAGUGAGUGCAUAUUCUUUACUGGAAUUGCUAAACCAAAAAGCUCGUAUUGAAACAAUUAUGAAACUAUGGCAAAAGACAGAACAAUAUCUGGUUAUUGUAGAACCAGGAACAAGAGUUGGGUACAAGAUCAUCAAUGAAGCUCGAGAUUUCAUACUUAAUUAUGGGAGUGAAAUAGAGGGUGCACAUGUAUUUUCACCUUGCCCACACGACUUCGAAUGUCCCAGAUACACGGCAGAUAAUACCCCCUGCAAUUUCCAAUUGUCGUAUCUAACGUUACCUAUUGGUGAAACUGCUUCAUACCAAUGGGAACGUUAUUCAUAUGUGGUACUAAAGAAAGGUAAACGUCCAGAAGAUGAUAGCAGGUGGCCACGAAUUGUUAGACCGGUACUAAAACCUUCUAGACAUGUCAUAUGCCGUCUAUGUACGAGUUCGGGAAAAUUAGAAGAACAAAUAUUUACCGCGUGGAAGAACGGAAAAAUUACGUAUAGCUGCGCAAGGAAAAGCCAUUGGGGUGAUCGUUUACCGUUUGACUAUUGUAAAACGGAGGAAAUUGAAGAACCAGAAGAAAAAUAA